AUUCAAUCCACUUUUUCAACUUUGUUUAGCAUGUCUGCAAAAGCAAGUACUAAGAGACCCACUUAUAAAGAAAUGAUUCGUGAAGCUAUUAUUGUUUUGAAAGAUCGUAAAGGAAGUAGUCAACCAGCUAUCAAGAAAUAUAUCGCAAACACAUAUCAUAUUGAAGAUAAUGCUACCUUGAAUCAAAGCACUUAA